UUGAAAGCUUAAGUUCUUAGUUUAGUAAGAUAGACGAUAGUUGUUUUGAACCAAACAGAAAAAAAGAGAGUAAAACCUCGGUAGACGACGAUGCCCACGUGUCUGCUCCUCACCGUCUGGUUCCUUUUGUGUAUCCCCGGUUCACUUCACAUGGUUGCAGCUCAAAAUAAAAUCGGAGCCACUACUCAUCCCGACGACGAGAAAGCUUUGAACUCCAUCUUCACGGCUUGGAAGAUCCGGGCGUCAAGGGAAUGGAACACGAGCGGUGAAUUGUGCUCUGGGGUAGCCAUCGAUGACAACAUCUUCAUCGACGACAAAGCCUACAACCCUUUUAUUAAAUGCGACUGCACAUUCAACAACUCCACAAUCUGCCGCAUCACGGCCCUCAAGGUUUAUGCGUUAGAUGUUGUAGGACCUAUACCUCCACAGCUCUGGACUUUGAUAUACCUCACCAAUCUGAACCUAGCUCAAAAUUAUCUAACGGGCUCCAUUUCUCCUGCAAUUGGAAAUUUGACUCGAAUGGAAUGGCUGACUUUUGGUGUCAAUGCCUUAUCUGGCCCCUUUCCCAAGGAAAUUGGUUUGCUUACAAACUUGAAAUCGCUCGGUAUUGGUCUAAAUCCCUGUUCAAAAACGCGUCCGCCUGGCCGUUUACUCGCCCGAUUAAAUGGUGAUCGGAAGGCUGCCGUGGCGAGGAGGAGGCCCAGGGUCACCGCCCGACUAACGCGUAGCGUAAUUCCGAACAGGGGUCUAAAUAACUUUUCCGGUCCUAUACCAGCUGAGAUUGGGACUUGUACAAAACUACUGAAGAUAUACUUAUCCAAUUCAGGACUUAGAGGGGAAGUACCUUCAACAUUUGCUAAUCUUGUAGAACUGGAAGACGUAUCAAUGAAUGAUCUGGACGUUACUGGUCAGAUACCAGAACUUAUAGGAAAUUGGACCAAGCUAACUAUCUUGAAAAUUCAAGGAACUGGUUGGAGGGGUCCGAUACCGUCGUCAUUUUCCAACUUAACUUCUUUAACAGAACUAGUGCUUGGCGACAUAUCCAACGGAGGCUCUUCUCUCGAAAUCAUCAAAGACAUGAAAUCUCUAAGUAUAUUAGUAUUGAGGAACAACAAUCUCACUGGGACAAUACCCUCUAAUUUCGGGGAAUACUCAAAUCUGCUAGAACUUGAUUUAAGCUUCAACAAAUUACAUGGACCAAUUCCAGCUUCACUUUUCAGCCUAGAUCUACUUAGUCACUUGUUUUUGGGAAACAACACGUUGAAUGGUUCUUUGCCCACUCAAAAGAGCCAUAAUUUGAGAAAUAUAGAUGUUUCCUACAAUGAUUUAUCUGGUAGUCUUCCUUCAUGGGUCAGCUUACCAAACUUAGACCUCAAUCUUGUUGCUAACAACUUCACCUUGAAUGGUCUUGACAAGAGGGUUUUAGCAAGACUGAAGUGUCUGCAGAAGAAUUUUCCCUGCAACCGAGGCAAAGGAAUCUAUUCUGAAUUUUUGAUCAACUGCGGAGGACCACAAAAACGGUCCUUCAGCGGAGCAGUAUUUGAGAGGGACGACGUGGAUCAUGGAUCAACUUCAUUUUACGUGAGUGAUGUUGAGAGAUGGGCAGUCAGUAGCGUAGGAAUUUAUAACGGGGGUAGCAAUAUUGUACGGAUUAACAACACUUUGGAUUCAGAGCUUUUUCAGUCAGCAAGACAUUCUUCAUCUUCCCUUAGGUAUUAUGGGUUGGGGCUCGAAAAUGGAGGCUACACCGUAACACUUCAGUUUGCUGAAAUAGUCAACAAUGGCUUUUACUCUUGGAAAGGUUUAGGAACAAGACGUUUUGACAUUUAUGUUCAGGGAAGACUUGUUGAAAAGGAUUUUGAUAUACGCAGAACAUCUGGUGACACUACUCUCCGAUCAGUUUACAGGGAAUAUAAAACAAAUGUAUCAGAAAAUUAUCUUGAAAUUCAUCUUUUCUGGGCUGGGAAAGGAUCACUUUAUUUUCCUAUUGUAGGUAAUUAUGGACCACUUAUAUCGACCGUCAGUGCAAAACCAGAUUUUACACCAACUGUGGACAACAAGCCACCGUCAAAGCAAAACACUAGAACUGGUACAGUUUCGGGUGUUAUUGUUGGCCUCGGACUUUUAGGCCUCUUUGCUGGUGCGGUUAUCUUUAUCAUCCGAAAAAGCAGUAAGGGUUACACAGAUGAUGAAGAGCUUCUAAAUAUGGACGUAAAGCCUUACACUUUUACGUACUCUGAGCUUAAAAGCGCCACUCAAGAUUUUGAUCCUGCAAACAAGCUUGGAGAGGGAGGCUUUGGGUCUGUUUAUAAGGGAACCCUGAAUGGUGGAAGAGAAAUCGCGGUGAAAGUGUUGUGUGUUGGAUCCCGACAAGGGAAGGGACAAUUUGUUGCAGAAAUCAUAGCAAUUUCUGCCGUUAUGCACCGCAACCUAGUAAAACUUUACGGGUGCUGCUUUGAAAAACAUCAUCGUUUGCUGGUAUAUGAGUAUCUACCAAAUGGAAGCCUCGAUUACGCACUAUUUGGAGGUGAUAAGACUUUACAUCUUGAUUGGUCAACUCGUUUUGAGAUAUGCAUGGGAGUAGCCAGAGGUUUAGCCUAUCUCCACGAGGAGGCGAGUGUUCGCAUAGUACACAGGGAUGUGAAGGCCGGCAACAUUUUGCUUGACUCUAAUUUGCUCCCAAAAGUUUCUGAUUUUGGGCUUGCAAAGCUAUACGAUGACAAGAAAACCCACAUAAGUACCCGAGUGGCAGGGACCAUUGGAUAUCUUGCGCCAGAGUAUGCCAUGCGUGGGCACCUAACAGAGAAAACAGAUGUGUAUGCCUUUGGUAUUGUGGCUCUUGAGCUGGUGAGUGGAAGGAAAAACUCUGAUGUGAACCUAGGGAAUGAGAAAAAAUAUCUUCUUGAAUGGACAUGGAAUCUACACGAGAAUAGCCGUGAAGUUGAACUAGUUGAUCAUAAGCUGAGUGAAUUCAAUACGGAAGAAGUGAAACGCAUGAUAGGCAUUGCUCUGCUGUGUACAUAUUCAUCUCAUUCCUUGAGACCAUCGAUGUCAAGAGUGGUGGCUAUGCUUACAGGAGAUGUUGAGGUCAGUGAUGUAACCUCCAAGCUAGGUUACCUAACCGACAUGAGAUUUGAUGAGACCUCAAACUCCUCUUUCAGCGCCUUUCAAACUAUAGACACGGGCGCUUCUACGUCCUACUCCACAGGCUUUGUGGCACCCAAAGACAGCGACCAUAAACCAAUGCUUGGAGUCAAGAUCAAUGCGGGAAGAUGACACUAUAUAUAUCCUCUCUAUAUCAUAGCUAUAUUAUAUAUACCUCUGUGUAUGUGACUAUAUAAGGAUCACUGUUUUCUGCUAUGGUUGAAGAAACAUACUUCAGUUUGAUUCAAUAACGUUUAAAGCACUUUAUAAUGACUUUGUCCA